ACCCUCUCUCAGCACUCACUCCACAUCGACAUCUUCUCUUCGCACAGCAAUCCAAUCAGUUCUACCCAUCCGCGGUUAGGCAGCAACCCACACCAUAUCAAAAUGCCUAGUGAUAUCCUCCCCGGCGAUGUCGUUGCCAUCGAGAGCAACUUUAAAGGCUAUCUCUUCUAUGUCGACUCGAAGAACCGGCUGGCUUAUCUCCUGGGACCCGGAGCCGGGAGUAAGAAUAGUCACUUUGAAGUCAAGCUCAUCAAGGACAAGGCCGACGAGCCGGUCUACGUCAACCCCGAAGUGAAGCAAAUUGCUGCCAUUUCCUGGGUCAAUCCCACGAACGACAGGGAGAUUCGCGUCUACUACUCCGCCAAUACCACCAAGCACCUCAGCGAGGUCUACCUGACCAACGAAGGCAAGUCGUCCGAUGGCAAGUGGGUCAAGGGCGCUCUGCAAGCGGGCAACAAGUUCGAAGUCAAGGCGGGCUCCUCCAUCUCUGCCACCGUCACCCGUAGCUUCGACGGCAAGCCCACGGGCAUCAAGGUCUACGCCGCCGAGGACGGCAAGGUCAACCAGUACGAUCUGCCCAACAUCUCGCUCUUCAAGACCGAGUUCGGUGACGAGUGGGAGAACCCGAUCAUCAUCACGUCCAAGGUCGCCGGAUUCUAAGUAGGUUACAUGUGGUCCCCCGCCUUUGUUUGGAGAGAUCUUGGUGGUCCAAUGUGAUGUGAGGAAUGGGGGGCCCAAUAUGGGGAGGUUUUCAUCCUGUACUU